AUGUCCUUUGGCAGGUUCGUAGCAUCUGCUCUUGUUACAGUUUGCAUCUAUCCAGCCUUGUUUCUGGUCUCCACUGUCACCCACUUUGCCCAAGCUGUCUUGCCUCCUGGAAUUGACCAGCCAUUAAAGCUCCGUCUUUGUCAUAUUAUAUUCAUCUCCUUGUUCCCUCUGGGAGCAAUUGGGAAGAAACUGGGACUGUUCUCUGUUUUGGAUCUUUUGAGACUUGUAGCAAAUGGAAAUCCCCUCUCUCCAGAUGCAUCCCUUCUAAUUCAGAACCAGCAGUUUGACGAGGUGCCGGUCAGGGUUUAUCAGCCUAAGAAAACAACUACUGGGAAAAGGAAAGCUUUUUUUUUUACUCAUGGAGGGUCUGGUGUCUUUGGAAGUCCUGAGGGCUACGAGAGAUUAUUGCGGCAUAUUGCCAAGGAAUGUGGAGUGGUGGUUGUAGCUGUUCGGUAUGGGCUUGCUCCAGAGAACCCUUACCCAAACCAGUAUGUCGAAUGUCUCAGGGCCCUUGUCUACUUCAUGAGGAAUGUUGCUGAUUAUCAUGUGGACUCCUCCCGUAUUAUUGUUGGGGGGGACAGCUGUGGGGCCAAUUUUGCCACCCGGCUUUGCCAGUUGCUGGUGGGCAGAAAAGAUCUCCCCAAGGUUCAUGCCCAGGUGUUGAUUUAUCCAGCACUGCAGGGAAUGGACUUCAACCUGCCUUCCUAUCAGCAGAACAGCCAGGUGCCUAUCUUGUUCAGGCAGAUGGUAGGCCAUUAUAUAUGCCUUUACCUGAAUAAGAAUACUUGCCUUGCGAAUGAUGUCCUGGAAGGCUGCCAUGUUCCUGAGCAUAUCAGACUGAAGUACCAGAAAUGGGUAAAUGGAGACCUCAUUCCUGAAGAAUUCAAAGUCAGAGGCUACAAACCGCAAGACCCCAAAAUAUGUAAAUUUAAACCUAAGGUGCAUGAAGAAAUGAAACAACUAUUGGAGUUGACGUUUUCACCACUUUUUGCUGAAGAUGCUGUCAUCUGCAAGCUUCCACAGACAUACAUUUUGACCUGUGAGUUUGAUGUGCUUAGGGAUGACGGGCUUCUGUACAAGAAGCGGUUAGAGGACAAUGGUGUGUCUGUAAAAUGGGUCCAUCUUGCAAAUGGCUUUCAUGCGGUGGUCGCUUGUUUCGGCUAUGGGAAUCUGUCUUUUCCGACGGCAGAUCAGAUUGCGGAAAGUGUAGUGGAAUUUGUCAAAUCUUUAUGA